GAAAAUUUAAUAAAAAAAAAAAGACAGGACCAUUGAAACACAAUUCCUGAAGCUCUCUAUCUCUCCUUUUAUAUACUAAACCCUAAUCACCAUUACCGUUGACAAAUCAAGCUCUCUCUCUAUGGAAUCUCUUAGCUUCAUGAAGUUCUGGCGAGCAAACGGCAGAGCUCGCCGGGAAAUCAGGAUCUCCGACGCAGCCACCAGUUCCUCCGCCGCAUUGGACGAUGACGAAGUGGAACUCGCCGAGGGAGAUGACUCUUUCUUCGAGCUCGAGCUCUCCCCCUCCGAUUUCUCCCUCGAGGACAAGAAGAUCGCGGAAGAGUCGACGAAACCAGACAAAACGGAAGCAUCGACGACGAAGAAGACGCCGUGUUCUGUCUCUUCCACCGACCAUUUCUCCAAGAACAAAGUCAUCCCCGUCGAAAUCGGUCCAAAGCCACAUUCUCCGAUUGCCCUCUUGAAAUCGGCCCCGAAGUUCCGAGCUUUCUCCUUCAAGAAGCCGAAGUCAAAGUCAACGCCGGAGACCGGAGACGGCAAAGAGACGAGUUUCCGGAAAACGGCAGGAAUUGCAAGGCCGCGUCACGGAGACGGCACGGUGUCCGAGGACGCCGCGCCAUCUGUUUCUUCCUCGUCGAAGCGGUUCUUCAGUCUGAUAAAGCCACUGUACGCAAUGACGGCGAAGAAACAGAGCGUGAAGGAGAACGGUUCAUCUCCGGCGUCUUCUCCGGCGAUGGAGAAACAGAGAAGCAAUGUGUCGGCGGGGAUUCGGAUCGUCCGGCGACAUCUGGGGAAGAGCCGGUCGGCGUCUGCGGCCGUCGGAGCGAUGUCUCCGGCGAACAGAGUAGACGAGUCGUUGCAGAUUCAGCAAGAUGGGAUUCAGAGCGCCAUUCUUCACUGCAAGAGGUCCUUCCACGGCUCAAGAGAGUCGUCACUGUUAUCGAGAUCAACGAGCGAUUCUUCUUCACGGGAGAAACUGAGCACGUCGUCAUCUGAAGGUUCUUAUUUGUUUUCAAGCAUCGCAAGCGAUUCAAUGUCGGAGAAUCAACGUGUGACAUGAAGAGUCUCUGUUCUUGUUCUCGCGCUUCGAUCAAGGAACAUCACCAGGACAUCACAUAUUAGGUUUUGUGUUUUAAAAACACAGAAAUUAGAUUAGGGAAAAUUUCAGUGUAUUUCUUUUUUGGAUUUUGUAUUUAAAAUAUUAAAUGGAAAUUUAAAACGAUGAUGACGUUGCGGAGA